CAGCGCGACCUCUACCUUCUCGACGACCCACUGGCCGCUGUGGACGUCCACGUUGGACAGCGUCUGUUUGAACGCGUCAUCGGGCCGCAAGGCGUUCUAAAGGACUGCACGCGUAUAUUCGUGACCAACACCUAUCAGUGGCUUUCAAGCUGUGAUCGAGUUCUCGUCCUCGACAAUGGAAGUGUGGCUCAUUUUGGGACAUUUACGGAACUGCAGUCAUCACCUGCAGCCAAAUUCCUUUAUGAUCUGAAAGUCGCUGGAGAAAGGAAACAUUCAACUGACACUUCAUCCACUGCCUUCACAGAGGAAAAACAGAUGAUGGACAAUCCGGAUCGCAUAGGCGAUCAGCUCAACUAUCGGCCAAUUCGUCAUGGAGGGCAGACAAAGCCGAUCUUCAGGGAGUAUUCGUCAUCCUGGCACUCAGCACCCAUCAAAAUCACCCACACCGGUCUUAUGAAGCGCCAGAACUACCUUAAGUGGGCCAAUUCUUUUCCAAGGGAGGCGAUCCUACCUCCGAUUUCCUGUUUUUCUGUCGACAGAACUUCCUUUGAUGAGGUGUAUGCUCUUUUCCAGUUCGCUACUUUCCCCCAACGUGUACUUGGGAAGGCCAGUGCUGCUUUCUCAAGAUUCAACUGCCUCGGAAUCACAAACCUCGCCCAAACGGAAUUGGUAGCAGACGACACAAAUGGUACUGAGGUUGAAAAUGAGACCGACUUCCGCGAACCGGAUCAUAGCGAAGAGGAAAUUCGUCAGGGUCGUGUCUCUUUUAAGGCUUACAAGACUUAUAUCUUCGCGAGGGGCAUCCGCCUCACCGUGAUCGCAGUUAUUGCUCAGGCAGUGUUUUCUGGCGUUAUGGCUUUUAGCAACAUUUGGCUACAGUGGUUCGCUGAUGACAAAAAUUUAACAACCGCUGGUAAAAUUCUCGUCGAUCCAGCGGCCAAUCAGAGCGCGCGUUAUCAGGCCGCGAAGGACCUUCUCGCUAUUUCUCAAUUCUAUCUCUCCGUCUACAGUUCGCUUGGGCUUGUCUUCAUUGCAUGCAUCUGUGCCUUCUUUCCAGCCAUGAUUAUAUCUAGCUUCAGGGCUUCCCGG